GGAGGUGCUCACUUCAUUCUAUUCUUGUUUCUGCUAUACACUGGUCAUCGAGGUGAUCAUUGAGAUGGAGAACAGUGGAGAUUAUCUUAUUGACAUUUCCAACCAGCUAGCUGAGAUAAAUGAAAAUCUUUUAGAAGUUAUCGGAACUAUUAAGAGUAUCACCAAAAGUCAACUUGAAGUCCGAGCAAACGUGGAAAAGCUGAAGAAUGUGACGGAAGACCAAGAUCCCAAACCUGAUGGUGAUUCCUCAUCCACCACUUGCAAGUUUCCCAAGAUGGAGAACGGUGGAGAUUAUCUUAUUGACAUUUCCAACCAGCUAGCUGAGAUAAGUGAAAAUCUUUUAGAAGUUAUGGAAGCUAUUAAGAGUAUCACCAUUUUUCAACUUGAAAUCCGAGCAAACGUGGAAAAGCUGAAGAAUGUGACGGAAGACCAAGAUCCCAAACCUGAUGGUGAUUCCUCAUCCACCACUUGCAAGUUUCCUAAGAAUGAACGGAAGACGGAAGACCAAGAUCCCAAGCCUGAUGGUGAUUCCUCACCCACCGCUUGCAAGUUUCCCAAGCUUGAUGCAUCACUUAGUUCUACAUCAAAGUGAGAAGAAGGGAAUACUGGUUUUACUGUGGUAUCCUCCACCACUGAGCAGUGAUGCACCCGAAGAGGAUCUGAAGUCAGAAACAGCUAUGUAAUAAAGUCAAAAGUUUCAUGCGAUAGCGAUACGGUGCACGUGCAAACUCGUUUAGCACUGUAUUUUACUUUUUCUGUAAUUUUUUUUGUUUUCUAUAACAGUAACCAUACAUACAAAAUGUACUUUUUAAUUUGAACAUAACGCACGACUCAUUUACCUUGCUGAAUGUUUAUGAUAUAAUCUGUCUCAUUUUGUUACAAUAUUGGUUUUGUGCGACCCGCGGCCUACUCAGUACUAAGAUGUUGUUAAAUCAUCUGAUAGAUGCCUCAAUAAUUAGGAAUUAAACCAUUUAUCAGUAUUUUAACUUUUGAGUUAAAUGUCCUGCUAUUGGGAUACAAUAAAACAUCAUUUUACUAGUUUCGCUUUCUUAGUUUUACUAGUUAAGAUUGGUUUAUUGUUUCGAUACAUAGCAAUACACAUAAAAUACAUUGCAGCCACUUGUACAUGCUAGUAGUACAAGUCGCUGAAUUAUGCAUAUUAGGCAGAUACAAUAAUCAGACAAUUGAAUAAUCAGACAAUAAUCACAAUAAUAUCUAUCACACAAUGACGGGUUAGCUGACGUUGUUCAGAAGCGUAGUGAAGUAUGGGAUGGGGCUGUUCUUAUAUCUGUUGGAUCUUGCCAUCGGAAUGCAGAAUCUCUGUUAUUUACAUCUUUCCGUAGCGGGGGCAACCAGUUUCUAAACGUCGGUGAAUUCAACAAAGAUUUGGCAAAUUUAAGGCUUGGCGAUUCUCUUCUGGAUUUUAAGGUACAGAGGCCAAAAUGGGAAAGGGCUUCAUCAUAACAUGAGUAUUGAGGGCCUAAAAUUAUUCUUAGCGCACGUUUCUGUAUUCGU